AGUCAGUGUAAUAAGGUGUGGGUUGUAAUGAGGUGUGCUCGUACAGAGGUCGGAGUCGUGAAUAAUGGGCGUCGGUGACACGGCCUGGUGUUUGAUGAUGGCGCGUCGCUUAUGGCGGAUCAUCCAGGAUAGUUUACCACCACGAUCCCCAUAAGACACGAUUGCUUCGAGUACAGACCUGUUGGAUCACUCAAUCAUGAAGUUAUUCAAAAGUACAAACCCAAAUACCUGUCCAAAAAUGCAGGGGGUCCAUAAUAAUAGAUUAAUGAAGCCACCGUACCGAGGGAUUUUAAGUAAACGAUCGCCGGAGCCAGCGCAAGCGUGGUGCGAGGAUGAAAAGAAAGAGAAAAAGUCGCUUCUCCAUUCCCCACAAUUCGUUACACCUUCAAGAGUCAGGAGCCCUAGUACAGUGACCUGUAGCACUGGAACACAACCGACGUUAUUUCGACGAUUGUUGAAUUACUUGAAGCUUCCAUAUCUAACCAUUUGCUUGAUUGUUAUCUUAGUAACUAUACACCUGGCUUUGCCUGAAGAUGCGCACACGCUGCUCGAGUGGCCACCAGGACCGUGGUGGCGGGAGCCUUGGAGGGUGUUCACCUAUGGCUUCGUCCAUGCCAGUUCCUCCCAUCUCACUAUCAAUGCUCUUGUAGCGAUUGCUGUCGGUUGGCGAUUGGAAAUUGAACAAGGAUGGUGGCGCGUACUGCUCGUGUGGAGCGGUGGAGUUAUAUCUGGAGCAUUGGGUGCGGGUAUACUCCAGCCAACAGUUCGCGUGGUCGGCCAAUCAGCGGCUGUUUAUGCACUACUGAUGGCUCAUAUACCCAAUGUCUCUCUAAUGGUCGGCAGUAUCCCGUAUUGGUGGUUUCGUCCUCUAAGCGUGGUGGUGUUGCUUGGAUCUGAAGGAGUCUGGAUGUUGCUGCAUCCUGCGCCUGCGAUGGAUUUACUAAAAUCACAACUGCAUGUAAAUCCCGUUGCGUGGUCAGCGCACUUGACGGGGGCGGUAGUUGGUGUACCCUUAGGCUUUCUCAUUUUCAAAGGAACGGAAGACAACAUUUACAAGUUGCGCAACCGCCUCUCCCGAAUCAUAUCAGUUGUGGUACUGAUGCUGGCGAUGAUCUGUGCUAUCAUUUAUUAUACUAUCUCUGCACACUCAAGAACCUUUCACACGUGAAAAAUUUAAGAUUGCGCUGUUAUAUCAGACAAGGAACAGACUUUCGCAAAUCAUAGUAAAAUUAUAUCUGAUGCAAUAGAUCUGUAUUUAUAUAGUUCUCUUCAAGAUUGAAAUAUUGAUAUUAAUGCGACGACUCAUCAAGAAUUUAUAACACUAUGUUCAACUGUGUUCGUUGAUAUUGUACGUUAAACUGUUGACUGUGAUAUAAGAUCUGUUAUUGAAACAGAUUUUAAGUACAACGAUGCAAUUAGUUACCUAGAUGAACCGGAUGUACUUUUACGAUUAACUGUAUCCACAAUGUUAAGUAUGUUAUAUGUAAUUAAUUGACAAUUGUGGGUAGUUAUCGUAAUCUAAUCUGUAAGUACCUGCAAUUGAUAAUUAAGAUAAUUCACAGAGCAUACGAGGACUGUAUUGGUUGUUUAUAAUAAUUAACUAAUGCCAUCAUCCCGUCUGGGAUUAAUAUUGUAAGUGUAUUUUUUCUAAUUCGCUAGAGCAGCUACAUUGUUUUCUUUUUUAAAGAUAAUGUUAGAUAGGUUACGUAUACUAAUACUAACUCCAAUUGUCUGUAUCAAUGACCUGAUAAUUAUAAAAUUUGAGCGAACC